CCGAAGUGUGGCAUGUGGCGCGGAGGUCCGGCCAGCUGCGUCUGCGCCUGGAAACGUUAAAGAACACAGUCCGCUCGCAGGAUCCCAAGAAGGUCAAAAUCCUCUGCUCCCGGGAGGAUCCAUGAUGCCAGCAGCCCGAGGUCUGUUGUGGGAUUUCCCUCGGUGUGGAACAGAGCCCCACCGGGGCAGUGGCGGGAUGAGUCACCGUUUACCGCGACACGCGACUUACCUGUCAGCCUAAGGAAGAGAUAAGAGGUCCCAGUCAUCCUGUUUUUUCCUCGGGCUCCAGUUAUUUGCAUGUGCUCAACGCUAUUACCUCGCUUCUGGGUAAAUAUAGAAGGCAAACACACGGCAAUUACGGGGAAGUCACUGCCGAAGGAGGGAGAGGCAACUGGGUGUGGAGGCACGGUGUGGAGCUCCGUCCUGACGCUCCAAGUCUAGCUCCGGCUUCCAGGUUGACUCACGGAACAGGCUGAACGGUCACCUGGGCUCCACUGAAACUUCAUCCCUCUGGAUCCCACAGCAGACAGUGACAGCGGCGCGGACUGGGGUGGUGCGACCUUUACGUGGAGUCUGUGCUGUGUGUCGUGCUGUUUCUGGGAGUGCCUGUCCUCGCUGUCACUCGUGGGUCAGCUGAAUCUGGAAUCCACGACUGAUUUACAGACAAACUCUGGCUUCAGAGCACCUCCCGGACUGAAGUGUGCUAGACAAUAACCGUGUUUUGCUCAGUGGAGCAUAUAGAGUUGGAGUUCCGAUUUCUGAACUGGGAUGAACUGAAUUCUGGGCUGGACUUUGGAUUUCUUUACGCGAAGGUAAUUCUCUGAAGCACAAUGAGGAGGGAAAGGAGCUCUGAAUCCUUCCUGAAGGAGCGACCGACCUCCCUGACUCGGGCCCUAAGCUGGCUGAACAUCUCCGUCCUGUCCCGCGCUUCAUGGCGCCUCUUUCGCAGCCAGACCGAGCUAGCUGCUGAGCAGAAGGACGAGCCGGAGGUGGAUGAUGAUGAUUGGGUCUACAGACCAAUGCACCGUAAAGCGGUGUCUAAUCUGGAUGAGGAGAGCAAGUGGGCAGUCCACUAUGCGGCUCCUUGGCACCAGCAAGAAAACGUCUUCCUGCCCACGGAUCGGCCUGCCUGCGUGGAAGACUUGCACCGGCAGGCUAAGGUCAACCUCAAGAACGUGCUACGAGACUGUGACAAACUGAGGAAGGAUGGCUUCCGCAGCUCGCAGUAUUACUCCCAGGGCCCCACGUUCUCCGGCUCCAACAUGUCGGACGACAGCCCACAGGAGGACGAGGACAUGGACAAGAAGUCCGAGGCGUCAUCAGAGGACGAGGAGGAGGAGCCGGUGUUGCCGGUGAGGCCCCGGACACCCCAGCCGGCAGACAGUAAUGAUGGAGCUGGUAGUGGCUGGAGCAAGACCAUGCCCCUGCCCACCCCAGAGGAAAGAAUGAGGCAGCAGGCGCAGGCGGUGCAGACUGACAUCGUCCCCAUUAACAUCACCGGGGAGACUUUUGACCGGCAGGCCAGCAUCCGCCGCUCCUUAGUUAACACUGACACGGUCGUCAGGCGGCCCAAGAAAGUCAAAAGGAGAAAGACAAUAACAGGGGUUCCUGACAGCAUCCAGAAGGAACUAGCAGUGACAGGGCCCGGCGACCUCCGCCCUCAUUCCAUGUACAUACCUGGUCAGUACUCUACCCUGGGCCGAGUCGGCAGCAUGAACUCAGGGCUACGCCAGUCUAACACCCGUGACUCCAGCUGCCAGACGGAGGAAGUGAAAGUUGUUCCCCCUUCCAUGCGGAGGAUCCGGGCACAGAGGGGCCAAGGCAUCGCAGCUCAGAUGGCAGCCUCCUCGGGGACCAUCUCCAUAGCUAGCGACAGCACCAGCACCAUCUUUGCACCACAGCAUAACGGAGGUAGUCAACGUUUCCAUAGCUUGCCCCGCCAGGGAGCCCGUAUCUCCUUGAACUUUGAGCCCGGGUACAGCAGUGCCCCCUACAGGUCAGAGGACUGCUCAGCGGGAGCGCUACCUAAACGGAUUGGUACAUUACAGGCCGACGAUACCACGGUGCAGCUGCGGAAUUCCCCCAAGGCUAUAGUGCGACCCAAGUCCGAGGAAGUGAGGAGCACAUUGAGUGAGCAGGCCAUGGCGGGCCCCGCCUGCAUGGUCUCUCCCCAUGCUGCAUACUCCACCUUGCUCAUCCCCAAUGCUACACUGUCAUGCUCAUCUGAGGUCAUCACUAUCCACACGGCAAACAGCUGUAGCAGGCCGGGCACCCCUCAGAUGCGAUCUGUCUCCUCCUACCCAAAAGAUCGUCCCCUCAGUACCGCUGUGGUGAACGGCGGGUCAUCCCAAGCUCAGUCGGCCACCUCCUCCCGCCGUGACUCAGCCGUGUCCCUCAGCACCAGCACUGAAGUCGAUUCCCAAUGCAGUACCCUGAACGGGACAAAAGGAAGGAAGAGCCAAGAUACCACAAGCGAGUCCAGCUACUCAGACGGAAGCUUGCAGAGUCAAGGCAGAGUCGCUGCCGACCGGUGGGUCAACGACACCCCAGAGAACAUUGUACCGAAGAGGCCCCUAACCUCCAGCUGCUCUACCCCGACAAAUCAUAUUUACAGCAGCCCCGAGAGAUCCUCAAACAAGACGGAUGCCAGUUCUCUACACUCCAUGGACAAUGAUGGAUACUACACUUCCAUGCACACAGAUUCCGGGAUCAGGACCCGGAGCCAUAACAACAUGCGUGGUAAAAUGAGGCACAGUAUGUAUGAAUGCCGUAUGUAUGACAUCCAGGAUGACCCUUCCGGCUUCUACAGUGACAGAUCCUUAUCCCGGAGCAUCUCCCUUCGCAAGUCAAAGAAGCCCCCGCUGCCACCGGCUCGGACAGACUCCUUACGACGCAAGCCAGGGAAGAAGACCAGCGCUAAUGGAUCGGUCCUUAACGAGACUCUAAUUGCCACCCUGCAGCAGACUCUGCAAAUGGGCGUAAAGGGCAAAGUGAGUUCAUCAUCCUCUCAGAGCCCCUGCAGCGACUAUGAUGAUCCAUGGGUGCCGCGUCCGCGGAGCCAGAGCAGCAUAAGUGCUGGGAGCAGCGGCUUGUCGGCCUCCAUGGCAAACGUCUACUAUAUCUGUCCAGUUACACCAUCGCAAAGCGACACGAGUAGCCUGCGCUCAGAUUACACCGAGACCUGGGGUUACUAUCCCGACUACCCUCGGCAACAUGGGGAGCAGCCGCAUUCCCCAACUAGCUCCAGCGGUGCCGCUGCGGAGUUCUCCAAUGGAAGUUGUCUGCCCAGCAUGUCGCAAGCAUCGCUGCCGGAAUGCCAGGACAGUGCAGCGGUGGUCAAGCCUAAAACUUCCUCCCCGGACAGAGUGCAUAGACUCACUUCCCCCUCCAGCGGCUACUCCAGCCAGUCCAACACACCCACGGCAGGCACCCCUGUACCCUCUGGCAUGAGGUCAAUGUCUCCAGCAGGAGCAAAGUCCAAGCCCAAAGUACCUGAAAGAAAGUCUUCUCUGCUGUCUUCUACAUCUGUGUCAUCCUCCUCCACGUCCUUGUCCUCCAACACCUCAGAUUCAGCAAAAAACCCCCUACCUCCUCCACCUCCACCCCUGCCUGGCCUCCAUACUUCCCCAUCAAUGUCACCAACCUUCACACUUCAUGAUUCUAGAGAACCACUAUUCACUCCACCUCCUCCACCCCCUCUCCCCCCCUCCAUCCCUGCAUAUAUGGGUGGGAAAAUGAUCCCUCCUCUACACAGAACUCCUGAGACAUCUCCAGACAUGUCCUCCUGUAGCUCUUCUUCAGACUUUCCUCCCCCUCCUCCAGAACUUUUGUUUGAUUCUGGCUUGCCAGUCAGCAGUGACUUCUCUCCACCUCUUCCCCCUCCACCUCCUCCUCUGCCACAUAUCAUUCCCAAGACACCUCUACGACCUCCAAUGUAUGCUAUGAUCACACCAGCAGCUCCACCUUUCGGCAUUAAAGGUCAGAAAGAAGCUCUCAGACUUGUGAAUGCUGAUUUCAAGGACAACAUAGCCAAAGAGUCAAAAUUACCUCCAAUGCCCCUGAUCACUGCCCAAGCCCUUCAGAUGGUGCAACUUAGGUCUGUCAAGAAACUUGAACACGAGGGAGCCGUUACUACCAAAGCCCAGGACAUAGGGCAUGCCCUACAGUCCAUCAAACCUAAAACACCAGAAAAGCCUCAAAAACUAGAACCUCCUAAUGUUUUGUCAUUGGCGGUGUGCUCCUCUCGUGCUGCAAAUGAAACUGAGAUGCAGCUGUCACCUACCAAGAAAUUUGGCCAGGAGGCUGGCGAUCUGGAAGACACACUGAGUGAAACCUUGGCGGACUACUGCAGUGACUCUGUGUCCCCAGAAGAGUCCCUGCAUCAGUUGUCCCCUACUGUUCCAGCAGUAGCAUCACUAAAUUUUACACCCAAGAAGAAACCUCCAGCUGUCUCUAAGAAGCCAAAACUCAUACUAAAGGUGCCUCAAUCUCCCCCUCAGCCUGUUUCAGAAGAGAGGCAACCUGAAGUUGUGGAUGGAGACAUGGUUGCGGUGUUGAGUCCCCAGAGUGGGUUGUCGGUCUCAGGGAUGGCGGAAGCCCCUGGUGCGACCCAGCAGCAGCACAUGGAGGAUCAGAUGGGGGAUCACUCUGGAAGCUCCACCACACCCAUGACGCAGAGCAGAGAGUCUUUGAGCAGCGAGGCCUCCACAGAAAGCCUACAAGAAGCCAAGACCUCCACAGUGGUAAGGCAGAAGCUCUCCUUCUUGGGUGAAAAGAGCAUUUCCGAUAGACACAGAGACAGACAGCAAGAUUCCAGUAACACCAUGGACUCCAUCAGCUCAAAGGAAGAAGAAAAUGGCGACAUUUUUGAGGAUUCCGUCGUGUCCUGCUCCUCACCAGUUGCCGACGCAGAUGUCUUCGAGGACAUGGUGACGCCCACGCGACCCAGGACGACCGAGGACCUUUUCGCCGCCAUUCACAGGUCCAAACGGAAGGUGUUGGGCCGGAGAGAGUCUGAGGAGGAGCGGUCGCGGGGCCACUCGCCGUCGCCCCCAGUAACGCCUACCAGCAGCUCCCCCGCGUCGGCCUCACUUCCACGCCAUGCGAGUUCCAUCCAGCGCAACCUCCGUAAGUCGGCCACCAGCAGCGACAACUUCAAGGCCCUGCUACUGAAGAAGGGCAGCCGCUCUGAGACCGGCUUCCGCAUCUCUGCCACCGAAAUGCUCAAGAACACAGACCCGCGCUUCCACCGGACGCGCUCCGAGUCCUCCCUGGAGUUGUCAUCGCCGGACAGCCCCGGCGGGUCCCCUAGCCGCGGAAAGCAGGUGGCGGAGGAGUGGGCUCGUAGUGAAGGCUUCUCACCACGCUUUCCUGGCAUUGGCUACUCCUCCUUGGUGGGGUCCCGGUAUGGGCGGUCCCGCACACCACCCUCAGCGGCCAGCAGCAAGUACAAUGCUCGCAGCCGCAUCCCGAGCAGCCCCAUGACUGUCAUCUGCGAGGGGGACGGUGAGCUGAUGGAGGCCGGCAUCGACUGUGAGGAAGUAGGGAGCCCCCUGCAGGACUCUAAUGGCACUUCACACAAUGGCAAUGGCAAUUAAAAAGGGUUCUCUUGACUCACUCAUAGCCACGGAGAGACAGUUUUGGACUAGAAGCUACACCCCUGGACCGCCGGUCCCGGAUUUGAAGUGGACACCGGUUUUACAACAGUUUUUACUACUAACAUCCUGUCAUUUUAACAUCUGUUUCCAAAAGCAGUGGCAAGAUUUCCAGAGCCAAGGUGAGCGUUGAGCGUUCUGUUUUAGUUGGGUUAGGGUUGAUUUCUUCUUCUGAAAGACAGAGUAGGUGUCAGAGGGAUGGACCAUAAACUAAUGCUGAAAGGAAGUCAUUGGAGAAGGUGGAUCCUAUAUAGUAACUAUUAUUUAACAGAAAAGCAUUGUUUAAUAGUUUUGGGAAAGUGAAAUAAAAACCUUUCAUUUUAGCCCUGUAGAUGCCUUCCUUUGCCUUUGGGUGAGUGGUGAAGGACAUAUGGCAGAUGGGCCAAUAGCUCAAAAUAUGUGAUUUCUAAUUUCCUCUUUACAUAAAAAGGCCGAACGAGAAAGAAGGUAGAGCUAAGAUGGAUUUUCUGCAAGUUUGGGAGACCUUUAUAGUGUGAUAUAAGUUAGUAGAUUUGCACUCUUGGUUGUGUUUUUGGUAGUGUUGUGUAAAAAAAAUGUUAGGAUAAUUUACUAAGUGGAGAUGAAGAAUUGUACGUGAAACUUACUUGAAAAAUCACAAAGUCCUGUUUUACUUGUGAAUGUUUAGUUACCAAAGAACUAAUCAAAUUUAGCCUGGAUUAUUAUAAGGAUGUGAGACAAGUCUGAUGGAUUGUUCUAGACUGGAUGUGGCCAAUCUUGUAAUGGAAACAGAAUCUUACCUAGACUCACCAUUAAUUUAACUUUAACUUUCUAUAAUAGGUUUCUUUCCUGUGAAGUUUUGUACUUUUUUUGUAAAUACAUAGACUGUAAAAGUAACAUUUUGACUUAUUUUUCACAGAAUUUGUACAUUUUUAGUACUUUGUUAUGAAAACGCAGGGAGUGUAUCCUUUUGUAGACUAUUUAUUUUAGCAUAGUGAGAAAAUGGGUGUAAUUAACCCCCUCCCUGUGUGAUGAGGAAGUGGGGGGCCUACAGGCCUGAAUGCUGUUUUGGAUCUGAACGACGAGGCCUUACAAAGUUAGCGGGGGGUGAAAUCGGUGCCACAUUGUAAAAUGUUCCUCUUGUUUUUAGCAGUAGCAAUAGCCUUUUCAAUGUCUGCUGCUGGCAACGAUGAACACAGGAGAAUCUAUGACCGUCAACGCAAAUAUGUCCAAUACACUGAAUUUUAUUUUGUCUUAAGUAUGUGUUUAACAAAUAAAAUAAUUUGUUAAUUGA